CUCCACCAGGCUCUCUGAGCCUAAAGGUGUUUAGCCGAUGUGGGCAAAUUGGACAUGAAUCCUAUUUAUUUCAUUUUAUUUAUUUAUUUUAAUCGUUAUUUAGAGAGAGUGGGGUGAACGCGCUGUCGUAUCCCGGUGGUUGCCUGGUAACGCGCUGGCAGUGGGCGCCGUAGAGAGAUCUGUGUGGUGGGCGCUCCAUUAAAACCGUUGGCGCUCCUGACCUUGGCGUCGUGAAUGCGCAAAGCACGCAGGCUGUGCGAAGCAGCAGAUAAGAGCGAAGAUCCGUGUGUCUGAUAAUCCUAAACCAGGGGAGGAUAUUCUCUUCAGAUCUCCAUCCUCUCCUGCCUCUUGUCCUGCAAUCCUGACUGACUCGACUGGUAUGGAGGAAAAUGCUGGGAUGGAGCGCGUUUCAGCUGGUGUAGAAGCAGAUCUAUGCACAUUGACAUGAAAACAGGAAGCAGGGCCUAUCCAUUUCUGGCUGCAACUUGUUGGGAUUUGACAACCGUUGGAUUUAAAGACGAAUCGAGUGAUGCCUGUUUGACAGGGUCAGCGCAGAGGGUCUAAACAGACACUAGAUUGUGCAUUAGUGUUGUACACCGCCCUGUCCUGCCCAGACCAUGCUGGCUACACUUGGAGGCCAUCUGUUGCCUGCACACCUGUUAAAUCAGAGAGGACCUGCAGCCGUCGCUCGCUGCGCUCUCCUUUGGUGGAUGUUAUGUUCUUACUGCUCCCUGGCCAAAGCAACAACCCAGAAGUUCUACCCGACUGUGACCACCCAGUUUGGGAAGCUACGGGGCCUCAGGGUGCCUGUGCCCAGCGAGGUCCUCAGACCUGUCGAUCAGUAUCUCGGAGUCCCCUACGCCGCCCCGCCUGUUGGGGAAAAGCGCUUCAUGCCCCCCGACCAGCCAUCACCAUGGUCGGGCGUCAAGAACGCCACCCACUUCAUGCCUGUGUGCCCCCAGAACAUCCACAACACGGCGCCGGAGAUCAUGAUGCCCAUAUGGUUCACCUACAACCUGGACACCGUAGCCACCUACAUUCAGGAUCAGAGCGAGGACUGUUUGUAUCUAAACAUCUACACCCCGACGGAGGACGGGAGCCAGCACAAGAAAAGGGGGGCGGCUUUCUCAAACGCUGAGAUUCAUAUAUCUGAAGAUAUAAGGGAUUCGGAAGCCCGACCUGUGAUGGUUUACAUCCACGGAGGCUCCUAUAUGGAGGGCACUGGGAACAUGAUGGAUGGCAGCAUUCUGGCCAGUUAUGGGAACGUCGUCGUCGUCACGCUCAACUACAGGAUCGGAAUAUUAGGUUUCCUCAGCACUGGUGACCAAGCAGCAAAGGGAAACUAUGGCAUCCUGGAUCAGAUUCAGGCCCUGCGGUGGAUAAGUAAAAACAUUGGCUACUUCGGAGGAGAUCCGGGCCGCGUUACAGUCUUCGGAUCUGGGAUUGGAGCUUCGUGCGUCAGUCUGCUGACCCUGUCCCAUCACUCAGAGGGUCUGUUCCAUAGAGCCAUCAUCCAAAGCGGUUCAGCACUCUCCAGCUGGGCUGUCAACUACCACCCAGUCAAGUACACUCGCAUGCUCGCUGAGAGGGUUGGCUGCAACGUGUUGGACACGGUGGACAUGGUGUCCUGCCUACAAAAGAAGAGCGCCAAGGAGCUCGUAGAGCAAGACAUCCAGGCCGACCGCUACCGAGUGGCUUUCGGCCCCGUCAUCGACGGUGACGUGAUCCCAGAUGAUCCUGAGAUCCUGAUGGAGCAGGGGGAGUUCCUAAAUUACGACAUCAUGCUGGGUGUGAAUCAGGGAGAGGGGCUUCGCUUCGUGGAGAGCGUGAUGGACCUGGAGGACGGCGUCUCCGGAAGCGACUUUGACUUCGCCGUGGCGAAUUUCGUGGAUAGCUUGUAUGGUUACCCAGAGGGUAAGGACACCCUGAGGGAGACAAUUAAAUUUAUGUACACAGACUGGGCUGACAAGGACAACCCAGAGACCAGGAGGAAGACCCUUGUGGCCCUCUUCACUGACCAUCAGUGGGUGGAGCCAUCAGUGGUGACAGCUGACCUGCAUGCCCGCUACGGCUCACCUACAUACUUCUACGCCUUCUAUCACCACUGCCAGAGCCUCAUGAAGCCGGUGUGGUCCGAUUCAGCGCACGGAGAUGAGGUGCCUUAUGUAUUCGGCAUCCCAAUGGUGGGCCCCACUGAUCUGUUCCCCUGCAACUUCUCCAGGAAUGACAUCAUGCUCAGCGCCGUGGUUAUGACGUACUGGACCAACUUUGCAAAGAGCGGGGAUCCUAACAAGCCAGUCCCACAGGACACCAAGUUCAUCCAUACCAAGGCCAACCGCUUUGAGGAGGUGGCCUGGUCCAAGUAUGACCCCUACGACCAGCUCUAUCUGCACAUCGGCCUGAAGCCUCGGAUCCGUGACCACUAUCGAGCCACGAAAGUAGCUUUCUGGAAACACCUGGUCCCCCAUCUCUACAACAUUCACGAUGUUUUCCACUACUCAUCGACCACCACCAAAGUCACCCCCCUGGACCCCACCCAGUCCAACGGCAAGAGGUCUGGCAGCACAGGCCGGCCUCCCAUGUCCACUUCCCACAGUGACGGGGAGGGUGGGAGAGAGAUGGGUCCUCUGAUUAUGCCCAACCCCAGAGAUUACUCCACGGAGCUCAGCGUCACCAUCGCCGUGGGAGCAUCGCUGCUCUUCCUCAACGUCUUGGCCUUCGCCGCCCUGUACUACCGCAAGGACAAGCGCAGUCGCCAGGAGACUUCACAGCAGCCCAGUCCACAACGCGAUAGCAAAGGCAACAAUGCGAGCCAUGCCAACACAGUGGACGAGACCCUGUCAUCUCAGCAAAGGAGCCCGUGUGAAGCGCUUCAUAAUCCUCUCCACGCCUCACCCAGCUACUCUCUGAGCCAGCGCCGCUCCCCUGACGACAUCCCUCUGAUGACGCCCAACAACAUCACCAUGAUCCCCAACUCCCUGAUGGGUCUGUCCAACAUGAGUCCGUACAGCACCUUCCCCGCCGGCUACAGCUCCGCAGGCUUGCCCAGCACCCACUCUACCACUCGGGUAUAGCCUGGUGACAGAACACCAAACAUGAGCAUUCAAAGCUGUAUUUAGAAUGUGAACGUAAAUUAGGAUCGAGUAUGUUUGUCUUUUCCAAAGGUGUGACACCGCAAACAUCCUGCCUUUGCUCUUUCAUAGUAGGAAGUCUUACCUGCAGUCAUUUUAUAAUAAUCAUUGUCAAAGGCAGUUUAAAAGAAAACAAGUGCAUUUCAUUUUCCACUUUCUGGAUACUUGCCUAGCAGGAACUUAGUAUAAUGUUUAUACAGUCGGAUUUGUAUGGGAAGCUUUUUUCUUACUCUGUAAUAUCUAUUUUGCUCUCGCAGAACAAAGUGACACUACGACUCAUGACGGCUAGAGAGGAAAAACAGAGAAGCAUUACUACCGUUGCUAUUAUCCAGCUAUUUUAUACACAUUUCUCAUGUCAUAUUGCUUAUUAUGAAAAAAAAGUAUUUUUACUCUAAUUACUUUCCAAACGCCUUGUACAUCUCUUUAACACUAAAUUACUGUGGAAGCAUAGCUGCAGUGGAUGAUGAAUGAAACACACCAUGAAAUCUAAGGAGGACAUAGAGAGACACGGAAAAAGAAAUACUACCAUUUAGAAUCAAAAAUUUAAAUAAUUUCAUUAAAAAUCCAGUUGAAAAGCAUUUUGUAUUUGCACAUUUUAAGUUGUAUUUUUAAAGAGGAAUUGCAAAUUGUAUUUAUUGAUCAUUAAUAAGUAGUGCAAUUUAAACAUGUGUUUUUUCGUUCAUAUUUCUAAAUAAAGAUUUAUAAGCUUUUACUGAUAAUAAGCUGUAGCUAAACUAUUUUGUGAGUUGCUUCUGCACUGCUUAUAUGGUUUAACAAAAAUGUUAAUCGGAUGCAACUAAACCAUUAAUAAAUUAAAACUAGCCUGUUUAUGAGCUUUAUGUAAACUGUUGAAAGGCUGUAAUUGUUGGGUUACAAAAAUAAAAGGAGAGGAUGACGUAAAAAGAAAA